AGACAGAUGACAAUAAAUGUCAGUUGCAGAUGUAGCAAAAGAUUGCAUACUUAUUUUUAUUUUUCAGUAAGUGUUGGAAUUAAAUAUAAUAUUAUGAACGGUUGCUGCAUUUUAUAUAAAUGUGGUUAAAUCACAAUUAUGAAACUAACAUAUAAGGAUGGCCACUAAUGCUGAUAAUGGAGGAGAUAGCAACGGUACUUUAUCACGAAAUUUUCCCAGUAGAGAGUACGAUGCUCUUAAACAUCAGAUAGAGAAAACUAACAAUGAAUUAAGUUCAUCAAGAAGGAGGUGUGAUCUUGCUCUUAGUGACCUAGAUUAUUACCGAGAGCAACACAGAGCUGUGAUGAAUCAAUUAGAAGUAUCCUCUCAAGAUUCAGCAUCUCUCAGAACCAAAUACGCAGAACUCCUAAAUGAAAAUAAGCAACUACAGGCAGAAAAUCAGCGACUCUGUAAAGAACUCACUGAACGUAAUGGCAAUGCGAGCGAAAGCCUUUUCAUGUCCCAUUCGCAAGCUCUUUCCAAGUUAGAAAUAGCACAAGAUGAGAACAGCAGAUUGUUAAAACAAUGUGAGCUUCUAAGUCAAGAAAGGGCGCAAGCCCAGAGGGACGUAGUCGGUUUCAAACAACAAUUAGUUAAAAUAUGUAAAGAAUAUGCUAAAUACAGAGAAGCUCAUCAGAAGUUACAACAACAAUAUGACGAAGCAGUUAAUGUCACCAUUAAAGCUAACAAAGAUAUUAAAAGGCUUACGGAUGAAAGGAAUGCUACAACUGCCGAAUAUACAUUAGUAAUGAGUGAACGGGACACUGUUCAUAAAGAAAUGGAGAAACUUAGCGACGAUCUGGCUCAAUCUUUGAAAAAAAUCCAUUUGCUCGAUGUGGCUAACAAAGAAUUACAAGAGGAAAAAAGAAAUCUCACUUAUCAACUGGAAUCUCUAAGGCGAGAAAUCUCUAGCGCUCUUCACGAACGCGAUAAAGCGAUAAAAGAUGGUAACGAUUUAAGGGAGAAAUUUGGAGAAUUUAGUGCCACCUCCGAAAAGGGAAUGUUGAUGUUGGGCGACCAAACCAAGAUAUCUCGUGGAAGACUCAUUGAUAGCUUAGGAACUUUAGGGGAUGGACAGGGAUGUAAAGAACAUUUGAGGGAAAAUGUGCAUUCGAUUAAUCAAAGAAGACUGGAUAAUUUGGAUCAGGCCAACCAGGAAUUGGAGAAUCUCAGAAAGAGUUUGGAUAAAGCUCAAACCGAAUUAGCUGAAGCUGUACAAGAAGCUGAAGUUUCCAAAGGACGUAGAGAUUGGGCUUUCAGCGAAAGGGAUAAAAUAGUAUUGGAAAGAGAAAGCAUUAGGACCCUAUGUGAUAACAUGCGUAAAGAAAGAGACAGAGCUGUAUCUGAAUUGGCCGAAUCUCUGCGCGAAUCUGACGCAGUGAAAAAACAACGAAACGAAUUAGUUAAAGAAGCUAAAGCUUUGAGGGAAGCUAUUGAAAUGCAUCUAGAAAAAUCGUCCGGUUUGGAAUAUUUACAAGAAUAUUCUAGACUUCAUACUGAAGUAGUCGAACUCGAACUCACAGCGGCCGAUGAAGAAGGACUUGAAUUUGCCACAGGAAGAGAAUUAUCAGGUGACGGAUACGUUUAUGUCGCGUCAGUGGCUUCCGGUUCCUCUGCAGAAGGUAAACUCUUCCAAAACGAUCGUAUCCUCAAAGUGAACGACAUAGAUUGUAGUCAAGGAUCUUUACGUAUGGUUACGGAAGCUAUACGUUCAAGUAUGCCUUUAGCUAGAGUUUUGGUAAAGAGAAACAGAUGCAGAAACGACGUAACCAACGAUCAAGUCACUAAAUGGAUACAUACAGCUAGGCUUGUACCCGGUUGCCACGGAUUAUCAUUAAAAAUCGGAGUUUACAUCAAUAGAAUAAGCGAAGGGAGUCUAGCUGCGAGAGAUAAAAGUCUAACUGUAGGAGAUCGAGUACUUAGAAUAAAUGAUAAAUCUAUGGACGAUAUAGAGAGUGCCGAGGAAGCUAUGGAGAUCUUGAACGGAGAUUCCAGCGAUGUUAUCAAUAUAACAACUUUAAAAAUGAGUUAUCCUGAAUGUCCUAACGUAUUCACUCCUGUUAGAAGACAUAAAAAGGAAAACCGCAGUUCGCAAACUGAAGAUUGGCUGUUGCAGGAUUUCAAAGAGAAAAAUAACAGUGGGGCAUGGUUAAAGGAAAAGUUGGAAAUGAUGCGAGGGCCUUGGAGGCAUUCUAAAGAAGAUAAAAAGAAAUAUAGGAACAGUUCCCCGAAUCCCAUUGAUUACGGACAUGAACAAGCGAUAGCGGAAUUAGAUUUGGUACUGGAUAGCUACCAUCCUGGUACGGUUAAAAGAUCGGCAGCAACGAAAAAGCAUUUUUCUCAAACGAAAGAAGAGAAAAACAACGGUGGUACUUGGCCUAAAGCCAGAGCAGCACCGAUACUCACUCCUAACGGUGGUACCGUGGUUACAAGAACGAAAGAACGUCCCCCUUUAUCACUGUUAGCUCCGAAGAAUAAUCAACUGCAGGAAAAUUACAAUUACAGGAAUUCGACACCAGUGCCUUUAUCGUUAGUGCCUCCUAUUCCGAUUCAGCCGAAUUACGCGAGACAUUCUGUAUACAAGAGCGUCGAUAAUUCGCACCAUUUCGGUAUGGUUGCGGAUUCAUUCGAACGAUUGAGGGUCGGGAACAAUAAUAGAUUAAGCGCCAACGUCAAUUCGGAUAAUAGUUUAGAUUUUUCAGUACAUCGAUUUGUCGAUAAAGAAGUUAUGACAUAUUGCAAAAAGAAUACCAGAACUGGUGUUCCAAAGUACGGAUCCGAUUCGGAAAGGGAAAGCAUCCAACCGGAAUCGAAUCAUUCACAUUCUAGAGGCCACAGUCAAUUAUUCAUAUCGCCCCGUUUCCAUUACCCUUACCAACCGCAUCACAUUCCCCAUCUGAACCAGUCCAAGGAGAGUUUCAGUUUCGAGCCCUUCCAUCACAUCCACAGUCCGUCCGCAGACGUCGCCACUUCUCGAAGACAACCCGACCUCUUGGAAUCCGGCGGAACGUUUCCGAGGAAGAACCAGAGGUUCCGCGUCCCCUCGAAUCCGAGCGUAACCAGCAAAGUGAGCACCGGCAGCAUCGAAAGGGGUAGUUCGGAACGCGGCAGCCCGAUGCCGAGUUUCCUCGUCGAAGUACUCAGCAGCCCGGGCGAUCAUUCCGGCGCGUCGACCCACAAGGAGUAUUGCCCGUGGGCGCACAAACCGCUUCCGGGCGAAUUGCGCAGAGUCCACAUCGACAAGUCCAACGAACCGUUAGGAAUACAAAUCAAUUGUCCGGAAGCCGGCGGGAUAUUCGUUUCGACGGUUAGCGAAAAUAGUCUGGCCAGCAGGGUGGGGCUGCAAAUUGGCGAUCAACUGUUGGAGGUUUGCGGCAUAAACAUGAGGAACGCCACUUACAAUUUGGCGGCUAACGUUCUCAGACAGUGCGGCAACUCUAUCACUAUGUUGGUGCAGUACAGUCCGGAGAAGUACCACGAACUAGGAGAAUCUCGAAAUUGCUCAGAUUGCGCUAGUGAAUCAGAAGAAGAAGAUGACGAAGAAAUAGAUAAUGAGGCGACGCCGUGCAAUUCGCCGAAGGAAGUGAGAAAAAGUUCGUUGUUGCAAUUGAAACCAUCGCAAUUGAUGGUUAUACAACGGCAAGCUCAAAAUAAUACCAACAACGGAAACUCUAGGAAUUCCUCUGAGGAACCAAGAUACCUUUGUAUCGAAACUUUGAAGACUUCCAAUCUGGGUAUAUCGUUAGUGGGCGGUAACGCCGCCGGAAUAUUCAUUCAUUCCGUCCAACCGGACUCUUUAGCUUACCACGCUGGUCUGAGAACCGGAGAUCAAAUAUUAGAGUACAACGGCAGCGAUCUUAGAGCAGCUACAGCCGAAGAAGCAGCUUACGAAUUAGCCAAACCCGCUGAUAAAGUCACCGUACUGGCUCACUAUCGUAUCGACAAAUACAACGAAAUAAAAGACAAACCAGGCGAUAGUCUAUACGUGAGAUGCGGUUUCGAUCGGAGCGGUAACGAAAUGACCGAACCUCCGCAAUUUUCGUUUUCCAAAGACGAAGUUUUGUACGUCGACAAUACGAUGUUCAACGGGGUGCCGGGUCAGUGGCGCGCUUGGAAAUUAGACGCGGAAGGGCAUCGGCAACAAUGCGGCAUCAUACCCAGUAAAUAUAAAGUCGAAGAAGAAUUGUUGUUGAGACGCGGAGCCGGAGAUCCGUCCGAAAGUCGUUCGACUGCGACGGCGCGUCGAAGUUUUUUCAGAAGGAAAAAACAUCAAAGAGGCAGCAGCGGAAGUUCCGGUUUGGGCACGUCGAGAGAUUCGAAGGAACUGGCGAGUUUUUGUAAUCUAUCGCCCGGUUGGUACUCGGAUUCGGGUUCGCUCCACGAGGAUUUAUCUCAAUCGUCCUAUCAACGGGUGGAACGUCUCCAGUAUCCGGAAUUUCGUCCGGUUAUCGUCCUCGGACCUCUGGCGGAAUGCGUAGCCGAUAAACUGGUGCAAGAUUUCCCGGAUAAAUUCACUAGGGCUUCGACGGAAUCUAGACGGUGUUCCCAGGCCCAAUUAGACAGGGAAUUGGCGGAAGGUUUGAUAUUGGAAUACCGUAGAAGGGGUUCCACUUACGAAUGUAUCACGAUAUCCGCCGUUAGAUCGGUGGCUCAAACGCGUUUGCAUUGCAUGCUGGACGGAUCGAUAACGAUGGUGGAACGUCUCCACCGUCACCACAUCUACCCGGUGGUGCUGUUGAUUAAAUUCAAAAGUACCAAACAGAUACGGGAAGUGAAAGAUGCCAGAUACAGCAUCGAUAAAUUAUCGGGAAAAGCGGCCAAGGAAAUGUUCGAACACGGUCAAAAGUUGGAAUUGGAAUAUCGCCAUCUGGUGACCGCGGUCGUGUCUGCAGGGGCUAACGUCGCUCACAUUUGCGCUCAGGUUAAAGUGGCCGUCGACGCAGAACACAGGAAGAGUCAGUGGGUUCCUACAGCCGCCGGGCAUUGAGAGUUUUCAUUUCUCGUUUUAUUUUUGUCUUCGGUGGAUGGUAGUUCAAGGUCAUUUAAAAAAAAAAAAAAUUACCACCGUGGGUUUAUUUAUAAAUUCUAGGUUAUUUUACGGUAUAGUCUAGUUUUUUGGUUCUUUUUUCGUUUUACGGUGAAUUUAGAAAAAUAAAUCACCGGUAUUACGAUCAUAAGCUUUUUGGUAGACCCGCUAUGUCAUUUUUGAAAAUACAAAAGGCCUUAAAUAACCUUGAUUUGACUGUUAGUCUCGACUAUACCUUUGAACCUCAUCGAUGACGUUCUAGAUUAUCCUUUGGAAGGUAUACCUUGGAUGACCGGUUCAAAGACCAGUUAUCCUCGUUUUUGACUGUAAAAAAUCCGGAAAUCAUUUCAUUAUAUUUUUUUAAAUCUAUAUUUUUACGGCAAAAAAAAAUCCCGCUUAAAGAUUUUAUUUGGUAUAAAUGUUAUCGGUUUUCAAGUCAGUCCGACCCUGCGCUUUGUUUACGAUAUCUACCAAAGCUGUCAAGUGACGUCACUUAUCAGGUCUGCUGGAUAAUGUCAAUAAAAUGCAGGGUCGAACUGGGUGAAAACUAUAUAAAAAAAUAUAAUUGUUAGCUAAUGUAUUAUUAUUUGAAUUCAAACUUCGGUUUUCCUCGAUUUUGGCUGUAGAAAAUCUGAAAAUCAUCCAAUAUCAUUAAAUUUUCUUUAAACCUGAGUUUAUUAAAUUAUUUUUAUGUUUUCUGUAGGUAAAUCAUAAAUAUUUUUGAUUACAUCUUCUUCAAUUGAAAACUAGUUUCAAAAUAAAUAUUUUUUUUCUACUUUUCGACCUAUUACUCUGUACAUAUUAUGAAUUUAAUUAUUUGAAGUUAUUUUGAAAAAAUUCAUGUUUUCAUAUUACUUUAAUGAUGACAAAAUCGACGUUUUUGUAGAAUUUUUUGUAUAGAUUAAGAAAAAAAUUGUAAAAACCUCAUUAAACUGCUUAUAAAGAAAGUUAUCAACAAUAAUACGUUUACAAGUCGAUUUGAAGCUUCGAAACAAUUUUUUUCAUUAAAACUCUUCAAAAACGAACAUUUUAAAAAAUAAAACCCACAAAAAUAUUCAUUUUCCGAUUUUCUACACCUCUUUUUCAGCGUAUCUCUUUUGAAUUAGUAUGGGACAAACUGUAUAUUAAAAAUUCGAUCCACGGUUGGUUUUGUUUUUAAUGGAAACAACGUUGAACUGCAAUGAAAAUUAUCUAUUUAAAAUUUUGUUAUUUUCGACGUGAAACGUUAUAAAAAUUUUGUUAGACUGAUUUUAAUGUUAUUUUAGAUGUUUUAUUGUGCUGUUUUUAAUUUUUUUCAUUUUAUUUAUCAAUUUGAUUUAGGAUAAAUUUUAAUCGAAUAUAGUGAAUCGACGUUUUGAAUUUUGUUUAGAAAUUAUUUAUAAAAGUAUUUAAUAUGAGAUUUUAAAUUUUAGUCACACAUUUCUGUUGAUUAUAAUUUCAUCACCCAAAAAAUAUAAUUGAACCGAAGGCUUACAUUUUAGGUAAUGUAGAGACUACAAUCCUUGUUAGUUUCCUUGUAAUGAAGCCAACGAAGAGUUGUAGUUAGUUUUUGCUUACACCGAAUACUCUAGUAGCGUCAAAACUCUAAGAAGGAACUUUUUAGAGCGAUACAGUGUGGAAAAGCUUCUUCCCCUGUCCUCUGCAUUUGAAAACUCUUCUUUAUAAUAUCUCCAAUUGCAUCAAAACACUGAAAA